AUAACUGCACGCGAGAAAAUGUGCGAACCUGCAAUUACGUAUGGGAUAAUAUUUUAAGAAAAUGGUCAUUCAUUAUUUGUCUAGCGUUCGAAGCAAGUGCAAUUUAUCGAACGAUCAUUUAUUAUUUUGUUGAUACGACUAUAUUGGCUAUUGAGUCGCAUUUUACGCACGCGUCAUAGAUCUCUCGCGGAUGUGCAAUGUGUUGUUUACACGUUGCUAUAGCAACUUGCAUUCGAAGGACUGUACAAAAUUUAGGCUGCCAAGUAAUGUACAAGUAAUACGUGUUCCAUCACUUUGUGAUUUUCUAAAGAUAAAUUAUGAACAGAUCAGGCAACUUGACUGGACUGUAUAAAAACUACCAAACUCUACUAGUAGUAUUUACUAUCUGUAUUAUUGCAAUAUCUUCGGAAUCACUGUGUAACAGUAAUCCAUGCAUGUAUGGAAUAUGUGUUGAUGAUUACAAUAGUAGUAGCUUAUAUUCAUGCUACUGCAUCGAUGGAUAUACUGGAAUAAAUUGUGAGAUUAACUGGGAUGACUGCUGGUCAAGUCCGUGCCUCAAUGGAGGUAUUUGCAGUGACGCAGUUGCUGCUUACAACUGUACCUGUACCGAUGGAUUCAUAGGUUUAAAUUGCGAUGAGCGAUUCGAUGAGUGUUUAUACACUCCCUGUCUCAAUAAUGGUACUUGCAUCAAUGUUAAUGGAUUUAUGUGCCAAUGCCCGGAGGGUUAUUCAGGGGAGUACUGUGAAAUUGAUGCGUCUGUUUGUAAUACCACUAUCUGUAAAAAUUCUGGAGAAUGUAUCGAAGGUCCUGGACUAUUAUUCAGCUGCCAAUGUACAGAUGGAUGGACUGGAGAGUUGUGCGAAAGAGAUGUAGAUGAGUGUCUCGCUUCACCUUGUGAAAAUGGAGGACUUUGUAUCAAUAUACCAGCGACUUACACAUGUGCCUGUUUAUUUGGUUUUACUGGUAAAAAUUGUGACAAAUCCAUUGUGCCUUGUGAAGUCAAUGUAUGUGACAACAACGCUAUGUGUUUGCUGGAAGAUAAUCAAACAGUUUGCUAUUGUGUUCCUGACUAUCACGGAUCGCUUUGUGAGUUGAGAUAUGAUGAUUGCAAGGCUAAAUUUGCUAUUUGCAACAACGGAGGAACUUGCAUCGAUGGGAUCAAUAGCUUCACUUGUUCUUGUCCCUUGAAUUAUUAUGGUCAAACUUGUGCCGAUUACAGUUCUAUACCAAUGGUGACUUCAGAAGAAAUUCCUUAUUCAUCAUUAGGCACUCCUACUGUAUCUGCAGCAACAUUUAUUUCAUUUCAAACUAUUAGUACAUAUAGUACAAAAUCUGACGGUACGCCAGAUGUUACAUCUACAAAAUUGAUUCAACUCGACACUGAAGAGGCUGUAGAAAGCACAGUACCUUUUAGUUCAAUAGAAACAGAAAUACCCACUAGUACAAUUGCAUCCACGAGGGAAGAUUUUUUGCUUGCUUGGACUUCGAUGAAAACCCUUUUCUCGUCUUCCCCUGUAACAGAGGAUUCACAUCUCUUAAUAACAUAUACUGCAAAUAGCAGCGAAGUUAGUUCUGUUACUGAUGAACUCAUGGUUCAAAAGACCACCACUUCACCAAGCUUGGAAACGGAUUUGAGUUUUGCAAUCACAGAUGAAACAAUGCUGCGGACAACUUCAACUGAUGAAAACAUUAUUACCACCCCUUCCACAGAAACGACUAAUGAAAUAGCAGUAAAUAUGACAAUGAAGCCAAUUCGUGUAACAACAAAAUUAAUACAUCAAUUUUCAACCAUGACCUCGGAGAAAAUAGAAACCAACAACACAUUUCCAUUUUCAAGAUCUAGUACUGAUUCUUACUCAUUAAGUACAGAAACCUUUUUCAAUCAGAGUUCGCCAACCGGGAUAUCUAUCAACACAGAAAGACAACUAACAAUUUAUAAUUGUACGCAAGAACAGUGUGAAUACAAUAUAACAUGCCAGAACAACCCAACUGAGUGUAAUUGUAAUUAUCCAGAUGGUUGUAUUCCUGGCCCAGACAUUUUGAAUGCAGCAUUCAAUGGAAAGUCUUACAUUAGACAAUACUUGGCUGUGGAUAAAGAUGGGAAGGUUCGAAUAUUCAUCAGAUUAAAAACUCAAUCUAAGAAUGGGAUACUUGUGCAUGCCUUUUUUGAUGAUGAUAGAUAUAUAUUGCUGCAUAUGGAAGUCGGACAGUUGAAAUUUCAGUUUUCUUGUGGUUUACAAACAAUGCUUUUGGGGGAAAUUGAUUCUCCAAUUAAUAACGGUUAUGACGUGGACAUUGAGAUGAGAUUUCAAUAUAUCAAAAGCACCAACAUUGACAAGUGCUCAGCAAUGCUUUUCGUAAAUAAUACUCUGGCUAUGAGCGGAGAACAAGUAGUGUCGACUCAAGAUGACAUACCACAGCAAGCUAAACUGCAUUUGGGAGGAAUCCCACUGGCAUUUUCACAUUAUUUUCCUCAUGUUGCUGUAGGAUUUAUAGGCUGCAUGAGUAUGCUAAAGAUAAACGACAUCCACAGACAUCUUAUUCGUGAUUCAACCGAUAGUUUCCAAAUUGAAGAAUGUACGUCAUUUCUAUGUCUUGCAAACCCCUGUAAAAAUUUUGGAGCAUGCCAGGAAACUGAUGGCAAAAUAUCCUGCAACUGUAUGGCUGGGUAUACUGGAGAAGUGUGUGAAAGAUCUGCGUGUGAUGAUAACCCGUGCCAUUAUGGAGCAUCCUGCAUCACUUCUCCAGGGACAGGAUUCAUGUGCAUUUGCCCUCUAGGAACCCAUGGGCUGCUUUGUGAGGAAGAUAUCAUAGUCGUGCAGCCAUCCUUUACAGUUUUCACGCCAGGCGUUUCUUCCUACAUAGCUUACGGGUUGAUAGGAUCUAUAAAAGAAACUCUUGAACUAAAACUAAGAUUUAUACCUCAAUCCAUUGAACAAAUCUCCCUCAUUGCGUACAUUGGUCAAAGUGGCCCAUAUCGUGAUUUAUCUGACCACCUUGCUAUCACUUAUGUACGUGGCUACAUAAUGCUCACUUGGGAUCUAGGCUCAGGAGUAAGAAGGAUAUUUACAAAUACUGCUCUAACAACAAAAAUGCAUCGUCCUCACACUCUAAGAGUGGGUAGAAAAGGGAGAGAUGCGUGGCUGUCUAUUGAUGGGCUUGGAAAUGUAACUGGACGUUCGGCAGGUUCUAUGUCAAGUUUGGAUGCUGCACCAAUUCUUUGGAUUGGCGGCCAUAAGACCAAAAAUUUUGAAAUACUGCCUCAUGAUUUACCUCUGCAUACUGGAUUCUCUGGCUGUAUAUUUGAUGUGGAGUUGCGCGUUGAAAAUAAAAUAUACCCUGUGGCAAAGACCAACUCUGCUACUGGAAGAGGCAUAGGAGAAUGUCAUCGUAAUGAGUGCACUCACAGAUCAUGCAAAAAUGGAGCCGUCUGUUUAAAUCACGGACCUACAUACAGUUGCGUCUGCACAAAGGAUUGGGAAGGACCAGACUGUUCUAAACCAAUAUCAGUCUAGACAUUGCCGUAACCCUGCCAAAAUAUGAAACUAGACAGAGAUUUAUAGCCUGACAAUUAAUACAAACUAA